AACUCAUCUCACCUCUUUCAGAACAGAUAAAGUAACACCUUGGACAUGGCCUCCGAGAAGUACAUGCCAGGCCCAGUGUGCCUUAUUGAGAACAUUGAUUUAAAACUGAAGGUUAACCCCGAAGCUCUGAAGAUCCUGUCUGACAUUACCCAGCCUGUUGUGGUGGUGGCUAUUGUGGGGCUCUACCGCACAGGCAAAUCCUACUUAAUGAACAAGCUGGCGGGGAAGAAAAAGGGCUUCUGCCUGGGCUCCACAGUACAGUCUCAAACAAAGGGAAUCUGGAUGUGGUGUGUGCCUCAUCCCACAAAGUCAGACCAGACUCUAGUUCUGCUUGACACUGAAGGCCUGGGAGAUGUUGAGAAGGGAGACAACCAGAAUGACUCCUGGAUCUUUGCCUUGGCCAUCCUCCUGAGCAGCACCUUUGUAUACAACAGCAUGGGAACCAUCAAUCAGCAGGCCUUGGACCAACUACACUAUGUAACGGAGCUCACUGAUCGAAUCAGAGUAAACUCUGGUGCAAAUAAGGAUGAAGAUUCAGCUGAGUUUAUAGCCUUUUUUCCAGACUUUGUGUGGACUGUAAGAGACUUCUACCUAGACUUGGAUAUCAAUGGAAAAGCUAUCACAGCUGAUGAGUACCUGGAAAACUCCCUGAAGCUAAUUCCAGGUACCAGUCAAAAAGAAAAAAAAUUUAACUUGCCUCGACUCUGUAUCCGAAAGUUCUUCCCAAAAAAGAAAUGCUUUAUUUUUGAUCGGCCUGCUCACAAGAAGCAGCUUGCUUGCCUUGAGACACUGCAUGAUGAUGAAUUGGAUCCUGAAUUUGUGCAACAAGUUGCAGACUUCUGUUCCUUCAUCUUCAGUCAUUCUAAGGUCAAGACUCUUUCAGGAAACAUCAAGGUUAAUGGACCUCGUCUGGAGAACUUGGUGCAGACCUACGUCAAUGCCAUUAGCAGUGGGGACCUGCCAUGCAUGGAGAAUGCAGUCCUGGCCUUGGCUCAGAUAGAGAACUCAGCUGCAGUGCAAAAGGCCAUUGCCCAUUACGAUCAGCAGAUGGGCCAGAAGGUGCAACUGCCCACAGAAACCCUUCAGGAACUGCUGGACCUGCACAGAGCCAGUGAGAAAGAAGCCAUCGAGGUCUUCAUAAAGAACUCCUUCAAGGACGUGGACCAAUUAUUUCAAAAGAAAUUAGCGACUGAGCUAAGACAGAAGCUGGAUGAUUUCUGUAAGCAGAACAUGCAAGUAUCAACAGAUCAUUGCUCAGCUUUACUUAAGAAUAUUUUCAGCCCACUAGAAGAAGAAGUGAGUCAGGGGAUCUAUUCUAAAGCAGGAGGAUAUCGUGUCUUUGUUCAGAAGAUGAAAGAGCUGAAGGAAAAGUACCAACAGGAACCCAGGAAGGGGAUACAGGCUGAAGAGAGUUUGCAGACAUACUUGAUGUCCAAAGAGUCUAUGAUGGAUGCAAUUCUACAGACAGAUCAGUCUCUCCAAGAGAAGGAGAAGGAGAUUGAAGUGGAACGUGUGAAAGCUGAAUCUGCAAAGGCUUCACAAAAAUUAUUAGAAGAAAUACAAAAAAAGAAUGAGCAGAUGAUGCAAGAGAAAGAAAAGAGUUAUCAGGAACAUAUCAGACAAUUAACUGAGAAGAUGGAGAAGGACAGGAUUGAAUUGGUGGAAAAACAAGAGAGGAUUUUAGCUGCUAAACUUCAGGAACAAGAGAAACUUCUCAGGGAAGGAUUCCUAAAUGAAAGCAGACAACUUCAAUCUGAGAUAAACAACCUUCGAAAGAAGUGGCAUGAGCCACGCUUGUUUACAGGAAAGUUAAAAUCAGGAGAAGUUUCUGCCUUACCUGUAAUCAUAGAACAAGAUGGACUAGCUCCUCGUCAUGAAACUUUACCCUUUCAAGUGUUUAAAGAACUUAAGAAAAGUCUGGUUCAACCCAGUCAGAGGCACGCAUCCAAUCCAAGUCCUCGGUCUAAACCUCAUACCCAAUCCCCAAUCAGAUUCAUGUCCCGCCCCAUCGCACUGCACUCGGUCUUUACCCGCCUUCAGCGUGUCCCUCCCUCAAUUUUCUCCCGGCUCUCGGCUACCUCUAGUCGCUGCCGCCAAUCGGCGCUGUGA